UUCUUUGGGUUAAAUGAACAAAAAUCGGUGUCCUUGAGAAAAGAAGUUCUCAAGAAAGAAAUUUUCAUGAUUAACUGAAAUUUUAACAAUUGCACGAUGUCAGAGGUGAAGCCCUCUAAAGGAAAUACUGUUACAUCAUGGGAUCCAUGGAAAAUGUUCGAUGUUUCCAAAGAGGAACUGGAACGUGUCCAACAACGUAAAGCUAUGGCUGCACAGAAAAAAGCAGAUUUUAGAGCCAUUAAAAACAAUCCAGCCACUCUUGUAAAUAAUGCUGGGCCUGGUCAUAUUGUUGACCCUGGUCUUCAAAGAUGGGAAGCAGCUAGGGCUACUUACGGAGAGUACUUUAGGGUAAACAAGAGAAACACAGCCUGGUUUUUGGGGACAUAUGUAUUUCCAAUAGUUGGAACUUACCUUUAUUUAUCGUAUCAAGUAAGAAAAAGAGAUGAAAUGAAUCGUCGUGGAGAGAUACCUAUGAAGGAAAAAGUUAGAAGAGCAUGGUUAUUUCAAUUGUGAAUUAGACAUUAUUCUAGAAUAUGAUGCAUUGUUUGUGAAAAUUUAUGACAACAACAUUAUUGGAAAAAAACUUACAAAAAAUGUAACAUCGAUAUAUAUUGUAAAUUGUUCAAAAAAAAAAUUAAAAAAGAAGUUUAGUCUA